AGGGAAGAUGGUCCAGGCUAGGGUAGUCGCUCUCAACUCCCGCUGCCCCCUCCCCUGAGCCAGGUGAUUUGGGAGGCCCUCUUCUUCCUUCUUUCCCUCCCACCCCACGCGCCACCAGGGAUGACUCCGUGGCCUCACAGGAACAGUACUCUAGCCCAGUGGCCGGACGUCCCCAAUACCGCCAACACCAGUGGGCUGCCAGGGGUGCCGUGGGCGGCGGCCCUGGCUGGGGCGCUGCUGGCGCUGGCUGUGCUGGCCACCGUGGGAGGCAACCUGCUGGUCAUCGUGGCCAUCGCCCGGACGCCGAGACUCCAGACCAUGACCAACGUGUUCGUGACUUCGCUGGCCACAGCCGACCUGGUGGUGGGACUCCUGGUGGUGCCGCCGGGGGCUACCUUGGCGCUGACUGGCCACUGGCCGUUGGGCGCCACUGGUUGCGAGCUGUGGACCUCAGUGGACGUGCUGUGUGUGACCGCCAGCAUCGAAACCCUGUGCGCCCUGGCCGUGGACCGCUACCUGGCCGUGACCAACCCGCUGCGUUACAGCGCACUGGUCACCAAGCGCCGCGCCCGGGCAGCCGUGGUCCUGGUGUGGGCCGUGUCGGCCGCGGUGUCGUUUGCGCCCAUCAUGAGCCAGUGGUGGCGCGUAGGGGCCGACGCCGAGGCGCAGCGCUGCCACUCCAACCCGCGCUGCUGUGCCUUCGCCUCCAACGUGCCCUACGUGCUGCUGUCCUCCUCCGUCUCCUUCUACCUUCCGCUCCUCGUGAUGCUCUUCGUCUAUGCGCGGGUUUUCGUGGUGGCUACUCGCCAGCUGCGCUUGCUGCGCGGGGAGCUGCGCCGCUUUCCGCCGGAGGAGUCUCCGCCGGCGCCGUCUCGCACUCUGGCCCCCGCCCGCGCUGAGACGUGCGCUCCAGCUGAAGCAGUGCCCGCCUGCGGCCGGCGGCCCGAGCGCCUCCUGCCUCUUCGGGAACACCGGGCCCUGUGCACCUUGGGUCUCAUCAUGGGCACCUUCACUCUCUGCUGGCUGCCCUUCUUUCUAGCCAACGUGCUGCGCGCCCUGGGGGGCCCCUCUCUGGUCCCCGGCCCGGCCUUCCUCGCCCUGAACUGGUUAGGCUAUGCCAACUCUGCCUUCAACCCGCUCAUCUACUGCCGUAGCCCGGACUUUCGUAGCGCCUUCCGCCGUCUUCUGUGCCGCGGUGGCGGCUGCCUGCCCCGGGAGCCCCGCGCCGCCGCCUCCCCCGCCCUCGUCCCCUCGGGCGCCUCCGAGGCCGGGACCAGCCCCGCGCAGCCCAGGCUUUGCCGACAGCUCGACGGAACUUGUGGAAAGCCUCUAGCCUCUGUUCACAAUGAAUCCCAUGGGAUUUCCGGGCUGUGACACUCUACCCUUCAGAACCUGGCGACUGGGCCAUGUGACCCGAGUGGGGAAUCCUUACCAAGUGGGUUCUUUCACUCUCUGAGAGAUGUUUUCUAAACCCCACCCUUGAACUUCACUCCUCCUUUGGUGGUAGUGCCCAGCUGCCCUGGAGCAGCCAGCUGGCUUUGGUAGAGGGCACCCAUCACCUGGCUCGCUUGUGCAGUCAGUGAGUGCUUAGGGCAAAGAGAGCGCCCCCGGUCCCAUUCCUUCUGCCACCCAAACCCUGAUGAGACCGCAGUGUUCUCCAGGCUCCAUAGCCCAGGCUCAGAGUAGCAGGCUGGAAAAGACCAAGAUUUGGGGUUUUGUCUCUAGUUCCCUCAUUACGGCUCUCAAGCACUGGCCUCUCUCACCGUAGCCAUGAAACGGCUCCGAUCUACCUCAUGGCAGUGUCAGAAGGUCUUUGUCGGGGUUUUGGGAGCUCCAGGUUCACAGGAAGGUGAACCAUGGGAACACAUCCCUUCUUUUCCUUUUGCAAUCAGAUGAAUAAAUAUCACUGAACGCGGUUC